GAUUCCUCACUGAUUAAAUCUUGUAGAAUGCUAUUAAAACCAGUUGUUUGCGUGGGACAAACAACUGGCUUGUGCGUGGGUUGUUGUGCUGGCUUGUCUGAUCUGGAGAGGUGUAAGUAGGAAGAGGCAUAGGCUGUUUUGCGGGAGCUUGGACUUACUUUCUAGUAAGAUUUUCAGGGAUCAUAUGUGACUGUAGGGAAAAUUUUUUAUUUUUUAUUUUUUUUUAAAUUCACAUUUUUUCUAAACAAUACAAGAUUAUAGUAGAACAAUGGGAUAUUGUAAGGGUGAAUUUAGAAAUUGUGACCUGAUAUUUUAAGGGAGGUGAUUUGUGAGUGAUUUCUUCCUAUCAAGUGAGCAGUACAUACAAGGACACGUCUCAUCUGGCUGAACAGAGGGUGUUCGUCCUGGCAUCUCCCUUACCUUGUGCCUCGGAACUGCGUUUUCUUCAAGCAAGGCCAGGACAGCAAAAACUGUAAAAUUAUACCCUUCUACUCCCAAAUUUAAGAUUAUGUCUCCCAAGGGUGGAAUGUGAUGGUACAUCAACUGGUAGCCAUUACUCAGUUUGGUGAUAAUGCAUUGUAAAUAAGAUCCUUUGUUUGUUUGUUUGUUUAAAACAAGACUCCAAGGGUACUAACUGUAUACAACAAAACCCAACAGUCAGAUAAUCCUAGUGGGUGUGUACUUAACAUAAGAGCCUCCAGAAUGAAUAAUAUAUAAAAUGCAACUGACUGGUUAUAUAGGGGUAGGCUGGAGGAUGGGGAGAAUUUUCUGUUUCCUCCUAUUUCAGCCAAGGUAAAUAAUCUGAUAACGGAAUGCCCUUUAAACCUAGAACUCAGGAGGUUCUGAAGGGAACAGUGUUCAAUUAGUUAAAUUAUUCCAUAAGCUUGUUGCCUGGUUUCACUGUAAAAUGAUACAUUCUGUCGUCUUUACUGAUGUAGAGCAUGUCAAAUGGAAGCUGAAUUCUGCGAGUCUAGUGUUAAGGUAUUUGGAGAACUAAAAUAAAUGAAAUUAGUGUUCAGUGAAAUAACAUGUUACAAAAUACCAGGGACACCAAGUCAUUCGUGGUUCCCUUUGAAUAGCCAGUUAAUUAUUUACGAAAGUAAUACUUAUAGAGUUUUCACAGGUGGUGGAAGCUGUUGAUGGAAGCAGUAAUGAAGAUGAGAUGUAAAAGCUGUUUUUUCUUGCUAGUUAUGAUGUACUCAGGCAAGCUCUUUGCAGAAGAUAAACCUUGUGAUUUGCCACACAUCGAAAAUGGAAAGAUUGGCCAGUACUACUAUAAUUUCAAAAGUUACUAUUUCCCUAUGCGUAAGGAAAAAAAGCUUUCCUAUUCUUGUAUGGUUGGUUAUACAACUGAAACUGGGACUCAAGAGGGAAGAAUAACUUGUACAGCAAAAGGAUGGUCUCCGCUGCCACGAUGCUACAAAAAAUGUAACAAGCCUCUCUUGGAAAAUGGCUUUUUUUAUGGUACAGAAAUGUACUUCAAAAUACAGGAGAAACUGCAAUACAAAUGUAAUCCAGGCUACCACACUCCAAGCGGUGGCACCGAAGAUACAGUACAAUGUCAGCCAGAAGGAUGGUCCUCCCAGCCAAGCUGCACCAAAAAAAUUGAGUCAUGUCAAGUACCCAAUUUGCAUCACGGCAGCUACUUCACAGCCCAACAAGAGCUUCGACUGAACGAAACGCUGCAAUACAGAUGUGACGAGGGGUACCAUACUGCAGGAGGAAACACCACAGAAGAAGCAGUGUGUCUGGCACAUGGGUGGUCCCUUACUCCAAACUGCACUAAAAUAACUUGCUCCUCUCUGAGUGCAAUAGCACAUGGAGGCUUCUAUCCUGUGAAGAAAAUCUAUGAAGAGGGAGAUGUAGUUCACUUUUUCUGUGAGGAAGGUUAUUCUGUCAGUGAAUUUGACCUAAUUCAGUGUUAUUAUUUUGGAUGGCAUCCAAGCCCCCCAGUUUGUGAAGAUGUAAAAAAUAAAUGCCCUCCACCACCGUUUCCUCCUCAUGCCCACAUCACCACAGUUAGAAGAACAUAUCAUAAUGGAGACAAAAUUCAUAUACAGUGUCAAAGUACCUUUGAAAUAAGAGGAUCUGAGGAAAUACGAUGUGAAAAAGGAAAAUGGACAUCACCCCCUCUUUGUUUCGGAACUGUGGAUAAACAGGAAUCUGAGGCUCCACCACCACUUGAGGAACAGGCGGCAGUACGGGCAAGCAAAACAUACCACAGUGAAGAUAUGAAAAUGGAGCAAAACUGUACCUCUCCACCUGUGAUUAAAAAUGGUGGUGUUCUUGGUCCGCUAUUGACAAGUUACAAGAACGGUUCCUCAGUAGAAUAUGGUUGUCAGCGCUACCAUUCUUUGGAGGGACCCAGUACUGUUUACUGCAAACAAGGAAACUGGACAGAACAACCAACUUGCUUAGAACCGUGUGCUCUUAAUGUAACUGAUAUGAACAGCAACAACAUAGAGUUGAAAUGGAGACAGGAAGAAUUAAUUUUCCUACACGGCGAUCUGGUGGAGUUUGAAUGUAAGCAGGGAUACAGUUUUCUCCAGACUACCGUUCCCUCCCCUGGGAGGACACAGUGUAACCACGGCAGACUGAAAUAUCCGCAAUGCAUUAUGCAAGCUACUGCAGAAAAAUGUGACUCGCCACCUUCUAUUGCGAAUGGAGCUCUUACUGUCCCACCCCUGACCCAGUAUGACAGUGGUUCUUCAGUUCAGUAUAGUUGCUCUGACUAUCAUUUUUUGCAAGGAUCUGAGAGAAUCUACUGUUCUGAAGGGCAGUGGACUUCACCACCAGUGUGUAUAGAGCCAUGUACUUUGUCACAAAGUGAAAUGGAAAAAAACAACGUACUGCUGCAAGGGUUCUAUAAGAAUCAAGUUCACUUUUACCAUGGGGACUAUGUUGGAUUUUACUGUAAAGAGAACCACUUUGGAGCAGAAACUGGUACAACUUUAUUUCAAGUGCAGUGUAAGAGAGGACAGCUGGCGUAUCCAAGAUGCAUUGAAAGAGGAAAAUAAGUAUGAACUUCAGGAAAGCCUAUAGGAAAGAUAUGUACAUGUUCUUUAUCUGGUAUUAAUAGCUGAAUUAAGAUGGCCUCAUAUUUUCAAGAUAGCUUUGAGAAAUGAGCAUUCAGUGGCAUUAUUGGGUCUGGGCUGAAGCGGGAGGGAAUUGUUUCAAUGUGCUUUGUGGACAGAGGAGUAUUGUAAGCUUACAGUGAUAAACUUGAGGAUGGGUCACAAUCUGGAGGACUUGAGCAAAGCACCAUAAUGAGAAGAUGUUGAGCAAGCAGUGCUUUGUGUGAUAUCGGUGGCUUUUGUGACUACAGAAUAUAGCUAAAUUGAGAUUUAAUUUCAUGCCUUUCAGUGUUGUGAUGUUAAAUGAUGUUAAAUUCUCAUUUUACAGUGAGAAAAGAGAGGCCUAUUUUUUGUACAUCUUAACAAUUCCCGUGUCUCCUAUCACAGAAUCACAGAAUCACAGAAUUGUAGUGGUUGGAAGGGACCUCAGAGAUCAUCGUAGGUAAGAAGCCUCUAAAGGACAAGGCUUGAGGGACAAAAAGAUAAAAAGCAAGUAUUAGAAAAAAAAAAAAUAUAUAUAUAUAAAAAAUUGUGUUUAGUGGAUCUAUGAAACCAUUUAAAACCUAAAAAUAUGCAAAUUCUACUCAGUAGUUAAUUAUUAUUCUUAAAAAAAGAAAUCAAGCAAGCAUCUUUGUUUUGUUAAUUGAGAGCAUUUUAACUAUUCAAAUAUCUAAUCCAACUACCUUGUAUGAUUUCCUAUGACACUUAAAUAUUGAUACUCGUGGGGCUCUGCCUUUGAACAUUCAGGAGUUUAACAAUGUUUAUCUUGCAUGCAUUUUAUUAUGUUUUAAUUUUAAAAAAAUAUCACUAUAAGGGUUUCUUCUGAACUAAACCAUAUUCUGUCUCAGCCUUCUGAACAGCCUAACCAAAUUGUUUGCAGCAUCCACCCUAAGUGAAAGUCAACCACCAAACUAUCUGUCUGACCAGUGUUUUCCAAUGCCCUCUUUAUUGUAUUAUAAAAUGAAAUAUAGUCUCUAGAGUGAAAGCAAAACAAAGGCUGUAUAUUCACAUUUAGGUGGUAUGGUCCACUUCUUCCCUAUUUUACAGGUAGUUGUUAGUCAUCUAGUAGCAACAAAACAUGGGUUCCACCAAUAACUAGGCUCAUAACUAUUCCUGCAUUUUCCUCUAAUGACACAUGAGGAUCCUGGGAACCCUUCAUGUGACAUUUCUGGAAAUGAUCAAAAAGCAGAUGUAAAUGGGUGCAGCCUUUGUUUAUGUGACUGAGCCAUUCGUAACGCUUUGGCUGUUCAUGUCAGUUAAUGGAUUGAAAUAUGUUAAUCAAAGAUCUGUUUAAUCCAUGGGUUCAUUUGCUGCUGAAAUUUAGACUGCCUGACAUUACCAGCAGUAGUAGCAAUUUUCGGCUGGACUCACACUUGCUGUCUGUGCAACUGUAACAAAGCACUAUUUCUCUUUUCUAUGAGAUUACAUAAAGAAACUCAUUGUUAUUUACUAGUAACAGACGACCUCUUGGGCACAAAUAUGGUUUAUGCAUUUUAUAGAUUGGAAACCAAAGCACAGAUCUGAGACAUUUUGUCAAGGUCGUACUGUCUGUAUCCAAGCCAAGGACUGCGUCAGGGUCAUCAUAGCCAGAACCAUGUCCUCAUUGGGUGUUUGGAAAAAUUAAUUGCUUUUGGAAAUUAAACUCUUCCUGAAAUCCUGCA